AUGAGUCGAAUCUCCAUGAGAAAAUCAACGAGCGGGGGUGGAAGCAAGACCUUCAGCUCAGGUUCUGCUGGCUUAGGUGGAGGUUUUGGUGGCGGCGGUGGUGGUGGCAGAAGCAGCUUCAGCUCGGUCUCUGUCUCUCGGGUCGGAGGAGGAAGAGCUGGCAGCUUUGGAGGUGGUGGCGGUGGCGGUUUUGGAAGCAGAAGCCUAUAUAGCCUAGGUGGAAAUAAAAGAGUUUCCUACAGUACCGUCAGCGGAGGUCUCCGGAGUGGAUUUGGUGGUGGUGGAUACAGUUUUGGUGGAGGAGCAGGCUCUGGCUUUGGUUUCGGCGGUGGAAGGGGUGGCCCUGGGUUUCCCAUUUGCCCACCCGCUGGCAUCCACGAAGUGACCGUCAACCAGAGCCUCUUGGCGCCGCUCCACCUGGAUAUCGACCCGGAGGUCCAGAAAGUGAAAGUGCAGGAGAGGGAACAGAUCAAGACCCUCAACAACAAAUUUGCUGGCUUCAUUGACAAGGUCCGAUUCUUGGAGCAACAGAACAAAGUAUUGGAGACCAAAUGGACUCUACUGCAGGAACAGGGCCAGACGACCAUCAAACGGAGCCUGGAGCCUCUUUUUGACGCCUAUAUUAAUAACCUCAGGAGGCAGCUAGAUAACCUCUUGGGGGAGAGAGGAAGGCUGGAUUCAGAACUGAGGAACAUGCAAGACAUGGUGGAGGAUUUUAAGAACAAAUAUGAAGAUGAAAUCAACCGGCGCACAGCUGCAGAGAAUGACUUUGUAGUGCUCAAGAAGGAUGUAGAUGGCUCCUACAUGAACAAGGUCGAGUUGCAGGCGAAAGCAGACGCGCUGGCAGAUGAAAUUAAUUUCCUGAGAGCUCUGUAUGAAGCGGAACUGAGCCAGAUGCAGCAGCAGGUCUCCGACACCUCCGUCAUCCUGUCUAUGGACAACAACCGAAGCCUGGACCUGGACAGUAUCAUCAGGGAGGUCAAAGCGCAGUACGAGGAGAUUGCCAACAGGAGCAGAGCUGAGGCGGAGUCUUGGUACCAGUCCAAGUUUGAGGAGCUGCAGAUCUCCGUCGGGCGGCACGGUGAUGACUUGCGCAACACAAAGGUCGAAAUUUCCGAGAUCAACCGGGUGAUCCACAGGCUGCGGAAUGAAAUCGACAAUGUGAAGAAGCAGUGCGCCAACCUACAAGCGGCCAUUACCGAGGCCGAGGAGCGCGGCGAACUGGCCCUCAAGGACGCCCGAGCAAAACUGGCUGAGCUGGAGGACGCCCUGCAGAAGGCCAAGUCAGACUUGGCCCGCCAGCUGCGGGAGUACCAGGACCUGAUGAACGUCAAGCUGGCCCUGGAUAUCGAGAUCGCCACCUACAGGAAGCUGCUGGAAGGAGAGGAGAGCAGGCUGGCAGGAGAGGGAGUUGGACCCGUGAGCAUCUCGGUGGUCAGCUCCUCAACUGGAUACAGCGCUGGAAGCAGCCUAGGAGGAGGAUACGGAGGUGGGCUUUCCAUGGGAGGUGCCGGAGGAGGUGGCAGCUACGGUCUCAGCAUGGGAGGCGGAGGUGGCAGCUACGGUCUCAGCAUGGGAGGCGGCAGCGGAUUCAGCGUUGGCGGCGGUGGCGGUGGCGGAUUUGGCUACGGAGGUGGGCUCGGCGUUGGAGUGGGCAGCAGUUUCAGCUCUGGAAGCGGAAGAGGCCUGGGUGGAAGUCUGAGCUCCGGCGGGAAGAGCAGCUCCAGCGUGAAAAUCGUAUCCAAGACCACUUCCAGCAAAAAAUCCAUCAGAUAAAGAUGAGGCCCCCAGCGAUCCCUGCAUGAAUGAAAACACGUUUCCUAACUACUGAAAGCAAGUGCAGCCCUUAGAAAUCCAUUGUGUAAAUAGCUGAGCUAAGCCCCUCACUCAUGUCCUUUCACCUUUUCCCCGUGGAUUGGGUUCAGCCAGGAUCUUACCAUGGAAAUCAGGAAGGUUGUUGGCCAAAGCAUUGGUUGCAAUCUGUUUCACAUGUGGGGUUCUGACCAGCACAGAGGCCAGACCGUAUUCCUGAUUCGGCACGUGCUUUAUCGUUAAUUCCCAUGGGAAUCGUGAACUUAAAGAUGAGCUGAAGCGCUUUGCUGAAUCAGGACCUGUCUGAUCACCACGCCCAGUUAAAUCCAUCACUCACAGCUGAUGGGAAGGGGGAUUUCCAUUUUCAUGCUGUGCAAACGUGCCUAGAUAUAUGUUGCCUGAAAUCCCUUUCCUGUUUGGGCGUGUUCAUUUAAUUCACAGUAAAAAGAAAAUUUGUAGCGGCAGCCUCACGAAAUUCCAAUCCGUCUGUUCUAGCCAAAGAAAAUAGUUACACGACACUAUAAUACGGUAAGAUCUGUGCCCCAACAUGCGUUCUAAGAUGCGGGUGUCCUCCUUGCAACCAAAAACUAUCUUCAGCGCUGUCAUUUUCAUGUGUGAUCCGGAGGAAAAGGUGAUUGCUUUUUUGGUGUAUAAACUGAAGCACUGAUUUCUAAUUCUUUGUCCUCAUGGCUACCGCCCCUUGACUUUCGGGCGUAUGGUACCGUAUGUCCAAUAAACAGCAUGUGUCAUUUUUAAA